AUGACAAUAAGUACGGUCCAUUCAAAUUACCUGAAAACAACAGGGAUUGAAAUUAAUUUUCAAGUACGUCAAGGACAACCAACUCCAACUACACUGGAUGAAGUAGCCACAUUAAUUAAUUUGAUCGGAACAAAUAUCAAAACUUUAAGAAUUACUUUUAUAGAUUAUAAGACGAUUUCUCCUAGCUUGAUUAAAUCAAUUGGAAAUCUCAAAAAAUUAAAAUCCAUAGAGAUUUUGUUCAUGAAUGGUAAAUUGAAUAAUCAAAAUUAUGAUCCUAAUGCAUUAUCAAGUUUACUCGGAGUCUUACCAGCAAAACUUGAACAUUUACAUCUUUAUCAUUAUCCACGAACCAUUUAG